AGCAUAGAGUAGCUUGGAAAGAGGUAAAGAGGAGGUAGGUCUGUGCAUCUUAAUGCAAUUAAAACUUUAAACUUACCAAAAAUUUUGCGGUGCUGACACUGACAUUUGAAGUGAAGCCAGAGACGACUUAAUUGAUAGAAAAUAACUCCUACGUUGCGAUAUGCAGUUUCAGAGAGUGAACAGGCUAUCUGAAUCUGAGAGAGAAGAAGAAGAGUCCAUAUUUCACAUAAUCUGAAGUUUGAGCAGACGGAGAGAGUGAGUCAGUGAGUAGUGAGUAGAGAGAAGGAAUUAUGGAAAGAAAAGAAAAAGGAUUGCAGAGAGGAGAAAAUAAGCAAGAAUUAAUGGCGAAAAAGUUGAAACGCGGGAUUUUGGUGGGGAAAAGAGCAGGCCCCUCUACUCCUUCACGCACAUGGAGACUUGAGUUUACAUCUCCAAAGGUAAAAAACUCCAUUGCAAAAAAAUAUGUUACUAAUCAUCCUGCAUCAGCAGUUUCUACUAGAAAACUUUGUACAAACUUCUGGGAGAUUCAGCCCCACCACCUCUCUAUUCCUCAAAUGCCAAAGCCAAGUUUUCAACACAAAGACAAGGAUCUUCCAACUCAUCUGCUUCACCACCCUCUUAAUACCCCCCUUCACCAGCUAGAGAGUGCGAGCAGCUCGAGCAAGUCUAUUGCUACAUCACUGAUGCAACACCAUCAAUCAGUUGAAAGGAAUCGCUGUGCUCUACAGCCUGUAUCUCCUGCAAGUUAUGAUAGCUUAUUGGAGGUGGCUUCUUAUAACCCAGUCCCAGCAGUCGUCACUCCCACUAGUUCUCUGGACUCUAAGGAUAAGCUGGGUGGAUCAACUUAUAACCUUAAAACAUCCACAGAAUUACUCAAGGUUCUUGAUCGAAUCUGGAGUCUUGAAGAACAGUAUGAAUCAAAUAUGUCAUUGGUGAAAGCUUUGAAAACAGAGCUCGAUCAUUCUCGGGCCAAAAUAAGAGAGCUGCUGCAAGAGAAACAAACGAAUCAGCAAGAAAUGGAUAACUUGAUGAAGCAAGUUGCUGAGGAAAAACUUAUCAGGAAGAAUAAGGAGCAAGAUCGACUCAAAUCUGUGGUGCAGUCAGUGAGAGAUGAGCUUGAAGAUGAGAGGAAAUUUCGAAAACGCUCAGAAACCCUGCACCGGAAGCUAGCCAGAGAUCUUUCUAAAAUGAAAUCAUCUUUCUCUAAUGUUUUGAAAGAGUUUGAAAGAGAGAGAAAAGAAAGGAUUCUGUUGGAGAACUUGUGCGAUGAAUUUGCGAAAGGAAUUAGAAAUUAUGAAGAAGAAGUGCGGUCACUAAGAUACAAGCCAGAGACUGAUCGAGUUUAUGCGGAAAAUCCUGACAGGUUAAUUCUUCAUAUUUCGGAAGCAUGGCUGGAUGAGCGGACGCAAAUGAAGAUUGCAGAAGCACAAAAUGAUCUUGCAGAAAAGAAUAUAAUCGUGGACAAGUUAAGUCUUGCUAUAGAAAACUUUCUUCAUGCUAAACGUUUCUCUGGAUCAAGGAAAUAUGGUACCGUGUCCACAAAUGAGCUCAAGAAAAGCUUUUCAAAUCGGCAAUCUUUAGAGUCCUUCCCAUUGAAUGAAGCUGUAAGUGCUCCUCAAGAUGCUGCUGAUGAAGAAUAUUUAACUUAUCCUGAAGAAUUGGUAAAUUCAAAUUCCUUGAUGAAGAAGUCAGGGUCAAGGGAGGUAGUUAAGGGCGCAACCUGCUCAGUUUACAAGCUCAGUCCAAUUUUCCCACGGCCAGAAAAAAUUUCCAAUUUCGAUAUUCGGAACAGGCUGAAACACAAGGAGAGAUCUGUGGGUGAAAGUUUACACGAAAGAAAUGACAGACGGGGAGGAAUGGGUGGAUUGGAAUCAAAUGAUGAGCUUAAUGAAUUAAUCAGAAGUCAUUCCUCAUCAUCUGAAGGCGAUAAGAUUCAUCCUGAAAGUGAUAUCAGAGAAGAAACUUAUGCUAGUCCCAUCCAAAAGUGGAUGUCAAAAUCAACAUCCCCAGAUUUUGGAAUAUCUGAAUCUUCUUUGAAAUUGUCUCGGAUCAUAAAGGAGAAUUCCCUGAAAGCAAAAUUACUAGAAGCAAGGUUAGAGAGCCAGCGACCUCGCGCUAGACCCACCAAAGGUGCCUUUUAGUUUGUUAAGAAUGAUGGAUUCACUUGAAGUAUUAACCUUCCGGUCGAGAAUUCGAGUUACUGAGAUUGUAAUGUGCAAAUUUUCAAAUGUUUUUUUCUCGUGCUUCUUGAGUUACUGAUGUACACAAUCAUACUGGUAAACUUGAAUUUCUGUCCCACCAACCAUGCUGUCCUGUGUAAGAAAGUUCAACAUUUUCUUUAACACCUUUUGCAUUUCA